CGUUCAGCCAUUCUGUGUGGUAAAAUGUCCGGAGCUGGCGUGUUGGUGCCUUUUUAAUUCAUUAUCUAUAGUAUAAAUACAGUUUUAGUGGUAAAAUAGCAGGACAUCAAAAUGAUGCAGCAUCAAAUAGCUGAACAGAAUCAGGCAGGCUGCCAGCCUUCUGGGCAACAGCAGAUGGUUCUGUGUCCAGUCCGAGUGGUGUAUGAGACACAAAUGCUUGUACAACCAGGAGAUCAGAUACAACCAAAUCAGACAAUCUUCAUCAACCCACAAAAUCCACCGCCAUGGGCACAAAACAGACAGCCGCAGAACCAAAUGAUAUACGUCCAGCAUGUGCCAAACAAUUACAUGCCGUCAGUCCAAACGCAAAUGGAUCCGAAUCAAAUGUACUUUCAACAGGCUUACCAACAAAUUGUACCGCAACCGGUGAUGGCUCAAGGUCAAGAUAUGCGACAAUACCAUGUUAAUAUGCUGCCAGCUAAUAUGGUUCAAAGUCCCCAAAACAUUGGUCAAAAUGUACCAGCCCAAGCGGUCACACAAAAUGAUAGGACAAAUGAAGCAAGUUAUAUACAAAUGCCAGCCAACAUUGGUCCCAAUAUGCAAAUACCGCAUGUUAAUUCGCCACAAAUUGUCAAACAACAAACAAAUACUCCAGUACAAAGCCAACAAAUGAUUAAUCAAAGACACGUCUAUCAGCAGCAGAUCAAUCAACAAGUAAAUGUGAAUAGGCCACAACUUAUAACAGUUAAUCCAAUGCAACAAGGUAAUCUACAAGCUUAUGAGAAGCCACAAAACAAUGUCACAGUAAAUCAACAAGUAACGCAUCAAAUGUAUGCAAAUACUGCACCUAAUCCGCGGACUGUAAAUACAAUGGCCCAAACAGAAACAAGAAUGAGGAAGAUUACACCGAGCGUGAGUCAAAUACCUACAAAUGUAAGAAGUGUCGCUCCUAGUUACAUGUACAGACCAAUUCAGCCUAGACCACCUUAUAGACACAACAUGCCAAACAUAAAUGUACAAAACACUACAACACAAAUUCCAAAUGUCAUGAAUUUACAACCAAUUCCACAAAACGCAAAUCAAGUAGUUAGAAAAAUGAAUGACGAAAUGAAGAGUAGAAAAAGAAAAAGUGAAUCUCCUGAUAAACUUCACAAUAAAGUUACGGUUGUCAAUAUAAAUACAGCUGUACCUUCGAAUCCUAUUAGAAUAACACAAGCACCUGCUUUAAAUACUGUUAAGUCUGUCGAAAUAGGUGUUAAUACAAGUCCAGUACAUAGACCGAAGGCAAAGGUCGAUGCGAACAAACAAAAAGAUCCUAGGACAAAUAUCAUCAAAAAUGAAGAUGCGCAUUUAAAAGAAACUGUCAAACAAAAUGUUCCCGACAAAGAAAAAGAAAUAAAGAGUGAUGUAGAAACAAAUGCAGCUGAAAAAAUAAGAUAUACAGUAUUUCCGCAAGCCAGAGUGAGGCCUCCACAAGAUGAAUUUAAUAAAGUUAACGUUAAUAUACUAAAAGACACGAAAAAUAUUCUAUACAGUGAUGAUAAAAAUGAAAUCAAAUUAGAAAGCAAGAGUUUACUAAAAGAAAAGAUACUCAGUAGGACCGAAAUUAAAAAGGAGAUCGAAGAUAAAAGUGAAAUUGAUGUUAAAGCAAAUGAAGAAGUUAAAGAUACAAAAACUGAUAUAGCCAAAGACAAAAAAGAAUUUGUACUCACACAUGUUUUGGAUGGUAUUGUUAUUCAAGAAUCUAAUACAGCAUUUCCGAUUCGCGAGCCAGUGAAAGUGGUGAACGAGAACGUUGACAAGAAACGGGAUGUGGUCAAGGUUGACGGUUUUCUGAAGGGGAACUGCCUGGAAUUGCCCAUCUCCGAUUUGAAACUCAAGGACAAGACGAAAGAGGAUAAAGAUAAUCCAUUUAUCGACUUGAAAACAGCGACUGUUAAAUCAUGGACGGUCGACGAACUCUGUUCACACUUAGCGAAGUACAAUUGGAAUGAAACAGUUACUCUUUUACAAGAGCAUGAAAUAGACGGGGAGUCACUGCUUCUCGUUUCGAAAGCGCAACUCCUACACAUCGGAGUGAAGGAGAAGAACGCUGAUAUCAUUUGCGAAUUUGUCAAAAGUUGAUGAAGUAUCAUCCUGCUAGUGUGUUCCAACCUUUAACUGUGUUGCUUCAUGUCAGUGCGCUGACAAGAAUAAUAAAAUACGCUGGAUCAAAUGUUCUAUAUAUAUAUAUAUAUAUUUUUUAAUGCAAUUUGUACAGAAUUGUUGAAUUGUUUAUGUACUUAUAUUGUAUAGAAUUUGGUAAGUACAAAAUGAUAGUUAGUUUUUUUGGCCAAUUAAGCCUCUUGAAGCGCUCCCGGAGUGUGCUGGGUACUACCUAAAAAUUACAUUUGAUCGAAAGGUCGCCAUGAUAAUUUUACGCCAUUUUUGAUAAUUGUGAAAAAAUACUUCAAUCUCCUGUUUGUUUAAGAUCAUCAGCAUUAAAUAGACCAGAAUACAUUAUAUAGAGGUAUUUGUUUGCCCGGAGUCAUUACGUAGGCACCUAACCUAGGUGUUUUGAUGAUUUCACUUAUGUAUAGUCAAAAUUAUUAUCUGUUCAAAAUAUUGAUUCACGGAAUCAAUUUUCGACUAAAGAGGUUUGACGAAUCUCGUGUAAUGUUGUGGUUACGAGGUAAUCUAAUGACUGAUUUAUGGUCAAAACUGUGGAUACAGCGAAAGAAGUAGGUUCUUUUUCUUUAUUUCUUAUACAUUAACUGCUAGAACCAAGCUUAGUUAAGAUAGGUUAAUCGUUAUGUUUAUUUAGCUUAUUUAUCGGAUACUACAUGGCCCAAUUUAUUAAAAUGACUAAUAGAAUGAGCUGUACAUAGACUUUUUACCAUAGUUUAACUCAAAGAGGUAGUCCAAUUAGGAAGAAGAUGAUUAUUAUUUAACACAUAUACAGGUACAUUUUUAUUUAAGAUGUGGUGUAUGUAUGUAACCUGGAGUUUUUAAGCACGUAUUUAUAAAUGGCAAUAUUUUCUUGUAAGUAAAAUUAUAAAACUUAGUAAAUAUUUUUACGGAAGCAUGCAA